AUGGACGAGGUGGAGGGCAAGGUGCCCGAGCCCACCAACGAGGAGCUCCUCCUUCGUGAGGUGACGGCCAUCGAGGCGAUGCAGGGGCGCUUGUCGAACGCCCGCCGCCAGCAGGCCUUCGAGGCGAACCGUGCCAAGCGGCGCGAGGGCAAGGGGAACCACACCCCUCGCGUCCUCAUCUACUCCGCAACGGAACAAUUUCGCCACGACUCUAUACCGACCGCCGUCCAAGCGCUUAAGGACGCUGGAAAUUCUGCCUCUAUUACCUUCGAUGCUACGGAAGACAAGUCUCUGUUCACGGAUGAUAAUCUUAAGCAGUACGAUGCGCUGGUGUUUCUGUCGAAUACGGGGGAAGUCUUGGGUGACGAUGGCAUAGCCGCGUUCCAGAAGUACCUGAACCUCGGCGGCAACUUUAUUGGCAUCCACUCGGCCACGGAUUGCUUGAACACCACGGAGUUUUAUGGGCGGGAAAUAGGAGCAUACUUCGACUACCACCCUGAGCUCACGAACGCAACGGUCGAUGUAUUGGACCGCUCGCACCCAAGCACGUCGAUGCUCUCUGAGCAGUGGCAGGUUCGGGACGAGAUGUAUAACUUUAAGUCCGACCCUAGGGAUGUGGGUGCUGUGGUCCUUCUGUCUGCGGACGAGAGCACGUACGAUGAUCCUGGUGAACGCAAAUAUAACCAGGGAACCCCGCAUCCAACGGCCUGGUAUCAGGAAAAGGGCGCCGGGGUCCAGGACGGCAAUACCGCAGGACGUAGCUUUUACACGAGCUUGGGCCACCUUAGUGAGACAUGGCACGACGACACCUUCAUGGCUCACGUAAUGGGAGGCAUCAAGUGGGCGCUCGAUGCUAAUACGACGCUCGCGUUUAAUUCGAGCGCGUCCGUUGGGAACGGGGAGGCUGGGAAUGCUUCGUCGACUGCGUCAGAUGGGGCUGCGCAGGCGACUCAAUCGUCGUCGGACGAAAAUGGGAGUGCGACCAUUGCUAACCACUUUUCGAUUUCCGGAGGCUUGUUUCUGGCUGGGUUGCUCGCCUUGAGCGCAUAAAUAAGAUUGACACUAUGUCACCAUUAUCUUAAGCAAUUUACCACCACGGCCAUGUCGGCUCGGAGGACGGAA